AUGAUUUCCCCAAUCACAGCAGGAUUAGCAUUGUUCACAGUGGUGAACGGUGCCAAAAUCACCCAGAGGAAUGUACAAGCUAGUCUGGCAGGCCGAGGCGUCCCAGCAAAUGCAACUGGGGUAAAGACUCUGGUUACACCUCAAAACAUAACAAUUCGUUACAAGGAGCCUGGAAAAGAAGGCGUGUGUGAAACUACACCUGGUGUGAACUCGUACUCGGGAUACAUCGACCUUGAUGCCAACUCACAUACCUUCUUCUGGUUUUUUGAAGCUCGAAACGAUCCUGCAAAUGCACCAGUCACUUUAUGGCUUAAUGGUGGACCCGGUUCUGAUUCUAUGAUUGGUCUCUUUCAAGAAUUGGGGCCUUGUAAUGUUACAGCAAACCUCACUACCGAAUUAAACCCUUAUUCGUUUAGCGAGUAUUCGAACUUACUGUUCCUUUCUCAACCUCUGGGCGUUGGCUUUUCGUAUGGUUCUGAAGGCGAAGGAAGUUUGAAUCCAUUCACCGGUGUUUAUGAGAAUUCUUCAUUUGCUGGAGCGCAAGGAAGAUAUCCUAUCAUCAAUGCGACAGCCCUCGACACGACAGAUUUGUCGGCUGUAGCCGCUUGGCACGUUCUGCAAGGGUUUCUUGGCGGCUUGCCCCAACUCGACCCAGCUGUCAACCUCACCACGAAAAAGGAAUUUAAUCUAUGGACAGAAAGUUAUGGGGGUCACUAUGGUCCAGCUUUUUACAAGUACUUCUACGACAGAAAUCAGGAAAUUGCAAACGGCACUAUUGCAGGUAUCCAACUAGAAUUUAACACCCUUGGUGUUGGUAAUGGAAUCAUCGACGAAUAUAUCCAGGCACCCUUUUAUCCCGAAUUUGCGGUGAAUAACUCAUAUGGCAUCAAGGCUUAUAACGACACAGUCUACAACUUUGCAAAGUUUGCUUUGAAUAUGGGCAAUGGCUGCCUUGACCAGAUAGGUCUUUGCAGAGCAACAAACUUGACAUCCGCUGCAGAUCAAGCAAUCUGCACUGAAGCCGAGAACCUCUGCAGAGACACAGUGGAAGGGGUCUACUAUACGUAUGGAGGGCGGGGAGCCUAUGACAUCAGACAUCCAUAUGAUGAUCCAACUCCACCAACAUACUUUCUUGAUUACCUCAACUUGGCCUCUACACAAAAUGCUCUAGGAGUAAACCUGAAUUAUAGCGAGGACGCCAAUGAGGAAGUUUACUACGCAUUCCAACAGACUGGAGAUUUUGUCUAUCCCACUUUCUUGGAAGAUAUAGAAUAUUUACUGGCAAACGACGUUAGAGUAUCACUAUUUUAUGGUGAUGCAGAUUAUAUUUGCAAUUGGUUUGGAGGAGAAGCCAUUUCCUUGGCCGCAAAGUAUACUCACAGCGCUGAGUUUGCGGCCGCAGGAUAUGCUCCAUUCAUCGUCGAUGGAACAGAGUACGGAGAAGUAAGACAGUAUGGAAACUUCAGUUUCUUGAGAAUCUAUGAAGCAGGUCAUGAAGUACCAUACUACCAGCCAGUAGCAAGUUUGGAGUUCUUCAGACGAACGUUACUUGACCUCGACAUCGCGGAAGGAAAGGCAAGGGUUGCCAGUAACUAUUCAAGUCCGGGUACCGCUUCAGCUACUCACACUGAAGCUUUUGUUGCCUUACCGUCAUCUACAUCAGGAUCUAGUACAGCAGCAGCUCUACCAGAUGGAUUACCCAACUGGUAA